ACUCAAGGUAUGAGAGGCGCAGCUACUCUCUUUUUCCAUCUUUCCACCUUGCCCGGCCUAAUGAGACUUGUCUCGAAUGGGAAGCAACCACGCGAGAGGGUCUUCGAGUGUAAUCAUGGGCACGACGAAGUGAGGAUGGAUGAGUAUAAGAUGCAUCGUCUUUCUCGUUCUGUUUCAUCUUUCUUAACUCAGACAAGCACUAUCUCUCUUGAGUAAAUUACUUCACACACCGAGCACCUCGUCAAACACUUUCCUACCACUUUUUAACCUUCAAUUCCUGACAUCAUGAUCCCAGCGUUGAUCAUAGGCGCUCUCGCCUCAGCGACUCAGGCGAUUCUCGUCAACGGACCAACUGGACCUUACGCGGUUUCCAUGUCAGUGGAGGCCCUGACCGAUGACAGCAGGCUCGACCCUUACGCCCCAGUCAACAACACGCACUUACGGCAAGUUAUGACUUCGACUUUCAUGCCCGUUGAGAAGGCCAAAAACUCCUGUGAGGGUAUGGAAAGAGUGCCAUACAUGACGCCCCUUGUGGCCGCGGCCUACGACCAGCUGGGCGUCGCUGUCGGCCUACCCAACGGCACCUUCUCUUCAUUCGAGAUGGAGUUCUGUCAGCCUAGAGCACGUUCAUGCAGGCGUCCUCGCUCGAACUAUCCGCUAGUGCUGUUCUCCCCUGGCUGGGGCAACCCACGCCUCCUCUACGGCGCUAUGGCUCGCGAGGUGGCCAGUCAUGGCUUUGCUGUCGUUACGAUCGACCACCCGUACGACCCUUCUUUUGUUGAGUUCCCUGAUGGAACCGUGUAUCAGGCUGUGAAUCUCGACACCGACAAUACCACACAGUUGGAGUCUCUCACCCAGGUUCGAGCUGACGAUGUCACCUUCGUGCUCUCACAUCUUCAAAACAACCCCAUCAAUGGCGUCAACCUCAAGCGCACGAUUAUGUUUGGCCACUCGUUGGGGGGCGCUACGGCGGCGGCUGCAAUGUUGCAAGAUUCGCGCAUCUUAGGUGGCAUCAAUUUGGACGGCAAGCUUCUCGACCCCGUACUCAACGCAGGUCUCGAUCGGCCUUUUACUCUCGUUGGCCGGCCGGGACAUUCAGCCGAUGAUCCGACCUGGGACGUCUUCUUUCCCGCUCUGCGAGGCUCAAAAGCUUUGCUGACCGUCAGCAACACCACGCACGGGGCGUUCACAGAUUUCCCCAACCUCAUUUCUUCAUUGAACCUUACUUUGCCUGAAGCAGCACGCUCUUUGUUGGAGAGCGAGCUUGGGAGUCUAGAAUUUGGCAGGAUUGGAAAGGUUGUUGCUGGAAUUGUUGGGGCUUUUGCUGAUUUGGUGUUGCAUAAGCGGGCCAAGUCCGUCUUCACUAACGCGGGUGAUCCUGCCUUCCCGGAGGUUGUAGGAACCAGCAUUGACGUCUGAUUUCGAUCAAACUUGAGUGCAUACUACUUUGCACGACUUCAGGCUGGUAUUAGGAUAAAUGGAUGAAGGGGUACUUGAAAGCUCCAUUGAUACAUUGUGGCUGAAUUGAAUGCCCGAAGGUUUGGACUGUAAAUGGAGGAAUGAUGACAUAUUUGUCUUUUCUUCUUGUAUAAUUAUUAAUAGGUUUGUUAACAAUUUACUUUCAUCUAUAUGUGGUGGUGUUUUUCCGG